GGGCUCUCCCCGCCCCCCUCCGCGCGCACCUCGCUCUGCCCUCCGCCGCCUCCUCUCCGCCCACUCUCGCCGCGGUCUCCUGGCGGCGGCGGCUUUGUCUCGUGGGCUGGUCCCUGGCGGCUCCCUCCCCUGAACAGCUGCCACCGAGGGAGGCAGCCGCGCGGGUCCGGCAUCCUAACGCUGAAGCCCCCGAGCGCGCGCUCGUCAUCCACCACCACCAUGUAAGGGCCAUGAACAGGGCUCGUCCUGGCGCAGCGCGGACAUGGAGGAGGACUUAUUCCAGCUCAGGCAGCUGCCGGUGGUGAAAUUCCGUCGCACAGGCGAGAGUGCAAGGUCAGAGGACGACACGGCUUCGGGAGAGCAUGAGAUCCAGAUUGAAGGGGUCCGUGCAGGCCUAGAGGCCGUGGAGCUGGACGAUGGGGCGGCCGUGCCCAAGGAGUUUGCCAAUCCCACCGACGAUACUUUCAUGGUGGAAGAUGCGGUGGAAGCCAUUGGUUUUGGAAAAUUUCAGUGGAAGCUGUCUGUUCUCACCGGCUUGGCUUGGAUGGCCGACGCCAUGGAGAUGAUGAUUCUGAGCAUCCUUGCACCGCAGCUGCACUGCGAGUGGCGGCUGCCCAGCUGGCAGGUGGCGUUGCUGACCUCGGUGGUCUUUGUCGGCAUGAUGUCCAGCUCUACCCUCUGGGGAAACAUCUCAGACCAGUAUGGCAGAAAAACAGGACUGAAGAUCAGCGUGCUCUGGACCCUGUACUAUGGAAUCCUCAGUGCGUUUGCGCCCGUGUACAGCUGGAUCCUGGUGCUCCGGGGCCUGGUGGGCUUCGGGAUCGGAGGGGUCCCGCAGUCGGUUACACUGUAUGCUGAGUUCCUUCCCAUGAAAGCCAGAGCUAAGUGUAUUUUGCUGAUUGAGGUGUUUUGGGCCAUCGGGACAGUGUUCGAGGUCGUCCUGGCUGUGUUUGUGAUGCCCAGCCUGGGCUGGCGCUGGCUGCUCAUCCUCUCAGCUGUCCCACUCCUCCUCUUUGCGGUCCUGUGUUUUUGGCUGCCGGAGAGUGCGAGAUAUGAUGUGCUGUCCGGGAACCAGGAGAAGGCCAUCGCCACCUUAAAGAGAAUAGCCACGGAAAACGGAGCUCCUAUGCCUCUGGGGAAACUCAUCAUUUCCAGACAGGAAGACCGAGGCAAAAUGAGGGACCUUUUCACACCCCAUUUUAGAUGGACAACCUUGUUGCUGUGGUUUAUAUGGUUUUCCAAUGCGUUUUCUUACUACGGAUUAGUCCUGCUCACCACCGAGCUCUUCCAAGCGGGAGAUGUCUGCAGCAUCUCCAGCCGGAAGAAGGCAGUGGAGGCAAAGUGCAGCCUGGCCUGCGAGUACCUGAGUGAGGAGGACUACAUGGACCUGCUGUGGACCACCCUGUCUGAGUUCCCAGGUGUCCUUGUGACUCUCUGGAUUAUUGACCGCCUGGGCCGCAAGAAGACCAUGGCCCUGUGCUUCGGCAUCUUCUCCUUUUGCAGCCUCCUACUGUUUAUCUGCGUCGGAAGAAAUAUGCUCACUCUGUUACUCUUCAUUGCAAGAGCAUUUAUUUCUGGAGGCUUCCAAGCAGCCUACGUUUACACACCUGAGGUCUACCCCACGGCGACCCGAGCGCUGGGCCUGGGCACCUGCAGCGGCAUGGCGAGGGUGGGCGCCCUCAUCACUCCGUUCAUUGCUCAGGUGAUGCUGGAAUCAUCCGUGUACCUGACGCUGGCCGUUUACAGUGGCUGCUGCCUCCUGGCCGCCCUGGCCUCCUGCUUUUUGCCUAUUGAGACCAAAGGCCGCGGACUGCAGGAGUCCAGCCAUCGGGAGUGGGGGCAGGAGAUGGUUGGCCGAGGGGCGCACGGCACAGGUGUCGCCAGGUCGAACUCGGGCUCUCAGGAGUAGUGACCGAUGGGGGGCUGCACUGGUCUUUGAGGCUGUAGAGCAUGAGGAGCUGGUGGAGCCCAGCGGGGGCACCGAUCGUCACUGCCCACAUCAAGAACUCAUCCAAGGGUACCACCCAGACCAACAAGGUUUUGUGUCUUGACUGUUUGCUCAUAUUCAUCAAGAUCCACUGGGGGAUGGGGAGGCCUUUGCUUUGGGAGGUUCUCUGUGUGUGUGGAGGCCUGUUAAUAACCUGUGAAUCUGCAUGGGAAAGCUACCACCUCAGAAGUGCCCAGUGACACCAGUAGCCAGCCGGACACCAUCCAGAGUCAGCCAGUCACACCCUUGGUGAACAACAACCAAAAGAUCUCUGUAGAUACAGUCCAGGCUCGGACCGACCCUUGUGAGAUCUGGCGUCCAGUAAGAUGACACAGGCCAGCCACCCACUGAAUCUGUUCCUAGGUUUCUCCUGCAUCCCCAGCCCCAGGCUUUCUUUGAAAGCAGGUGACCUGGGUGUGGCCUGAGCAGCUUUUUCUUGAGUCUGAGAAAUGCUCCUGGGGAAGGGGCCCCUCAGUUUGCAUCCCCAGGGCUUGAGUAGCAGAGACUCUGGAAGAUGGAUAUGCAUUUGAACUUGAGUCUCUUGCAUGCUUCCACCUAGCCUCUUCUUGGAGUCACUGUCUCUGGUUCCAGGGGAUCCAAAUGUGACCACGAGAACAGCUGGGCUUGCACCAGAUGACAACCUCAUAGAGUUGUUACCUCCAGGAAUUGGGGGUGGAGGUGAAAGGGAAGUGAGAACCAAGCCCACAGCUGAAGCAGGGGCCUGCCCUUCGGAAGUAGAAAAGGCCACUCUGGGGGGCUUCUUUUCUGGCUGCCUCUUCAGUCAGGCUGACUGCUGACUCUUGGGGCAAGAAAACAGUUAAGUCAGGUUUCAGCAUUUGGGAGUUGAGUGUGGUAUGUGGCUAGGGAAACAGAAAGAGGCUCCCCCAACCACCCACUCCCAUCAGGGUCAGGGGACCAGGAUCCCUUCCUCCCUGGAUUCUCUGCCACCCCUGCAGUCAAGGGCUGGUUUGGUCUUUCCAUAGAGGCAACUCCUUGGGUUCCCGUGAUGGACCACAUGGCAGGGAUGCUGUGCGGAGGAGGAAUGGGAAUUCCAGAUGUAUGAAAUGUGUAUUUUCAAAGAAAGAGCAGAGAGGUCAACCAGGUUUGGGGGUUGCCUCCAGAGGAAGGGCAGAUGCUGUUCUCAGCAGACAACAUCCACUGCCAGGGUUUGGUUUCUAUGAGCCUUUUCCCCAUCAUGAGGCAGAAACCUAGGGAAGGAGGGCAGAAGCUUCCAGAUCCCAUCAAAGGCCAGAGAAGAAUGACCCUCUGCUUGGAGAUGUCUGCUUGAGGUAAACAUUUCGAGGAAGCCAAAUGUGUACGUUCAUCUUUAUUAAAACAUGUUGGUGAUGGACAUUGAAA